UCUCUCUCUCUCUCUCUUUCUUGCGCCCUCUUUCUUUCUCUUAUUUUUUCUCUUGUCUUCUAAUUCUUAUUUUUAUUGUCAGCUUUCUUUUUUCUUUUUUCCUUCUCUUUGCUUAUUUCUUUCUUAAAGUACGAUCACUGUGCUUACGGCCAUUAUUGCGUGCGCUAAGAAUCAACAACUUACGAUUAGCCACAGUAACGAGCUAUGGAUCUCAUGUCGAAAGUUCACCCAGGGAUGUAGACAAAUCGUCACCUCUGAGUAAUUCGGUAACCGCAGCGAGCCGCAGAUCUCGAGAGAGAUCGUUGAAGGGCAUUCUGCGACUGUGUCUAAUUGUAUAGGAAUGCGCGAAAAAGACUGCCUGUUCCGUUUAGCAUUAUUCGUAGACUUCAGCAUCGGUGUGUGACCGCAAGAAUGUGUUUUUACAUGUGUGAAACGUCACUUGAUUUAACCGCCGAUCGUGAAUUCGGCGCUAAGCAUCGCAUCCGCUUAGACGCGACGGUAUGUGGCGACCUCUCCAUACUGAUGGAAAUUUAUUUACUGUUAAUAUAUAGAGUUGCAUAAAAACACUGGAAAAAUUUAUUACCAUUUCAAUUUUUUCAUCUCUGUUAAGAUUCUCGAUGACAUAUACCCGAAACAGGAGAAAUUCUUUUAUUUCGAUCAUGUCUUUCUACAUUGUGAAACAUAAUUGAUGUAUAGCGAAACGCAUAAAUGCAGACACAGACACAUACAGUACACAUAAUUAUAUUUGACACACACACACAUACACACACACGUGCGCGCACGCGCGCACACGCACGCACGCACGCGCGCACAUAAAAUCGAGCUGAUAAAAACUGUGCGCGAAAUAUUUCUGCGACACACAAAUCUGUGACUGUAAAUGUGUCUAGAUAAAACGUAACUUAACAUUUAAUAAAGUACUGUAAUAAGUUAUUAAAAUAAUACAUAAUCAGUAAAUCGAUAUUCCUAUCUUGUUUCUAUAAAUAUACAAAAAAAUGAAGAGUAAAUCUUGUUCAAUAAAUAUAUUUUAUAUCUAAACAAUCUAUCUAAAAAAACUAUGAAAAAGUGCUUUGAAUUUAUGCAAGAAUUAAUAAUGCAAAAAAACAAUUUUUUAGAUGUCGUUUAUUUGUGAUGUGAAACUUUUGAUCGACUGAUCCUUGGAAUCGAACAAUAAUUAAAUCGAUCAUAUUUAUAAGGUGAUAUUUCUUUAACAUCAGGAAUUAUACAGUAACGGUCAAAAGUACAUUAUCCUUACGUGUGUUUUGAGAAUAACUUUCAUUUACGUAAAUCAAGUAAAUUUAACCCUUUUUACAAUACAUAUUUUGUUAAAUCUUAUAACACAUUAUAUGUAAAAUGUAUCUAAUAUCAGGUAUUUAUUGUUAAAUUUGAUUUACUUAAAUAAAAGUCAUGCUAAAAAAACUUAAAGGUGAUAUACUUUUGGUACUGUACAUAUACAAUACUUUACAUUUGUAUGAUUAAGGUAACCUAACACGAUUUUAUUUUUUGUAUAUACUUACGUUUUUAGUGUACUACAAUAUUCUUACGUCUACAUAGAAAAUUGGACAAAACAGAAUGCCGUAAUAUUUAAAAUACAUCGGUGAGAGAGAUAAGUUAAUUUAUUGGCAUCCGAAACGCUUGUGGAAAUACAUUUUUACAUACUAUAAUGCAGUUAUACGUAAGAGAUAAACAUACAGAACUUGGAAUAUAUAGAUGAAAUACAAUUCUUCGAUUAAUUUUGCUAAAUAUUUCGAAAUUUUUAAGCGAUUCACAAAAAUUUGGGCACCAAGAAUACGUCUGUUAAUCUCGAUUUGCUAUUUUAAUUCUAUAACAACUCGUAAACAUUGACGAGCAUGGAACUGACAUCUUUUUCGACAUUUACGAAGAACCCGCAAUGUAUGAGAAGAUACGAGUUAGUCGAGACGUUGAUAACGCGUCGAUUGCAUAAAUUCUUCAUUAUUUCAACUGUUUUACGUCUAAAGGAUCUGUUUGACACUUGCAGUUGCCGUGCACCCAUAGCAAGUUUGGAUUGCAUGGAAGAGUUCAACGGCGGCGGUGGCGGCGGUGGCGGUGGCGGAGGCAUAGACUCGGGCGUGCAUUGCAGCAAUACAACCGGAACAAAAGAACAGCUACUAACUAGCUGUAUUACCGCACAAGCGCAACGUUUGCAACACCCCUCCCCUGGUAUUCGUUAUCGCAACUUGGGUAAAAGCGGUCUACGUGUUUCCAAUGUUGGAUUAGGUACGUGGACCACUUUCGGCGUGGGUGGUUGCGGCAGUGAGGAGACCGCGGAGGCUGUCGUGGCCCUCGCCUACGACAGCGGAAUUAAUGUAUUUGACCUGAGCGAGGCGCAUAGCGGUCACCGUGCCGAGAUCCAGUUUGGCCGUAUCUUGCUGAGGCGUGCCUGGAACCGUUCCAGUUACGUCGUCACAACAAAAAUUUAUUGGAACACCAAGAGCGAGGGUCGUGGGCUAUCGCGGAAACACAUUAUCGAGUCCGUGCAAGCUUCGCUCGUCAGGCUGCAACUGUCGUACAUCGACAUUGUCAUGAUCCACAAAGUCGAUCCAAUGUGUCCGAUGGAAGAAAUUGUUCGUGCGAUGAAUUAUGUUAUUAGUAAAGGUUGGGUGAUGUAUUGGGGUACAUCGAGAUGGACACCUGUGGAGAUUAUGGAAGCCUAUACGAAUUGUCGGCAAUUUAAUUGCGUGACGCCAAUUGUUGAACAAGCGGAAUAUCAUCUAUUUUAUAGAGAAAAACCUGAACUCUAUAUGCCAGAAUUAUAUAACAAAAUUGGUGUUGGUUUAAUGGCAUGGUCUACUGUCACCAUAGGGAUGGUUUCUUCAAAACCGGAAGAUUGUGGAGUAUCGUUUCUUUCGAGAUCUUCUUAUAAAAAUAAGUACUCCUCAUUCAGUUGGACGGAAGAUGAAACUCAAUCUUUAUACAAAGAGGAAUACACAUGGAAAGACAAAUCCGCAGACGAGGAGACUCGAAAAUACUCGGAUAAAUUGCGAGACGUAUAUGCUCUUGCCGAAAGACUGGGGUGUUCUUUUGGGCAAUUGGCCAUCGCGUGGUCUUUAAAGAAUGAAAGUGUUCAGUGCCUUCUGCUUGGUGCAUCCAAUAUAGAUCAAUUGUAUGAGAGUCUCCAAAGUUUACAGCUUAUUCCGAAGUUGAACGCGAGUAUUAUGAGCGAGAUCGAGAGGAUUUUAGACAACAAACCGUCCCGACCGCCUAUGAUAUCUACUUUGGCACUUAGAUGACAAUCGAUGUGCCCCCACGGUAGUGGUGGGGGUUCUCUAGAAGAAGCGAGCAGUCCGAAAAGCGAGGGCGGCAAUAGUCAGGAUCAGGAGCAGACCAAAGAAGUGAACAACAAGUUGCCGUUCUGUGAAAUACAAUAAAACAACAUACGGACAACAAAUUGCCUUGUUGCUCCGUAAUAUUGGUAUUCUACAUUAAUCAUAACAGGUGUCAUUUUUCAUUUUUUAUUUAACCGCGAUUCGGUGCGGAUCGAAUCCACACCCGACCGCGAGUCGACAUGACAAUAUUUACCAAUUAUGAAGAAAUCCAGCUCUGAAAAUUCACUGGUUCUCAGCAACAGCAAGAACAUCCAUUUUCCCAGCGUAGGGGAGACCGGAAUUGGAAAUCCCCUUUUUUCUUAGACGUGUUUAUGUAAUUUUUUUAAAGUUAUCUAAACAUUUAUUAUCUUGCUUUACAAGACACAUAUCUGGCAAGCUUUGUUAACAAAAGUCAUUUGGAUAGUAAUAACCAGCUAGGAGAAAAUUGAUGUUUAUAUAUAUAUAUAUAUAUAUAUAUAUAUAUAUAUAUAAGUCACAAAAAUAAAUUUGUGACAUCUUACCCUACUUCAAGGACGGUUGUCAUAGUGCUUGAGAUGGAUUGUCACAUAUAGAUGCAGCUGAUUUAUAAAAUAAAACUCGAUUGUAAUUAAAGAAAAGUUUUUAUUUCUCGUUUAAUACUGUCAAUUCUUUAAACAAGUGAGCAUUUUAACAUAACAUACUAUGACAGUAAAAAUCAAAUAAUUGACCAAAAUCUAUUCUUUUGGAAAAAAUUUCCUAAAAUUAUUUCACCACCAGCUUGCUUGUUGGUCUUCCAAAUCUUUAGUAUUCGUAAAUUAUUUUCCACAGGUAAAUACAGGCAAAGCCAUUUUUCGAAUUUCCUUCGGACUUAGCCCCAAAUAAAUGUUAGAUGCCUCUAACAAAUAGACUUCUAGUUGUUUCUUUUGCUUAUCUGAAAAGACUUGCCUACUUUAUACUCUACAUUAAGUGUCAUGCUGCUGCUAUUAAUUUCAUUCUCUACAAAUUUUUUGUAAGAGCUAGGGUACAGUAAUUUAGAUUAAAAUCUUUAGCUAUUGACCCGGUCUCCCCUACUUUCGAUGCAAUAUUUCAUAUACGAUUAUGCCUCUUAUAUGGCACAUUCGUGGACACUCGUAGAUAUAGAGAUAAUAAACACGUGUUUCAUUGUGAAAUCCCGUCUAUCUUCGUUGACAGAUAUGUGUGUCGUUCGCUUUUGAAUGCAUCUCUGGAAUGGUUAUAUUUGUCCCGUAAACCUUCAUAAUUUUUUCUCUAAUCUUUCUCCUUUUUAUCAGGAAGAUUUCUAUGCGCGAUUCUAAGUGUUCAUUAUUCUUAGCAUCUUAUUUUAGAAUUCUGUUUGCUAUAUUAGUGAGUAAAAUCAUGAAUUUGGUAGUGUCACGAGUGUCCGUCAAACUAUAUUCAUUCUGCUGUUCAUUGCUGAGUAAAAGCGAUUUGCAGACAAUUAAAUUCGAAUAAAAUAACACAUUACCAUCUAAAAAAUUUCAUCGUAGAUUGUAAGAAUUUUAUUAAGAAUAAUAUUAUAAUCAAUGCUGCGUUUUAAGUGCUAUACCAAGUACUUUCGUCUUUAACGUGAUUUAUUCUGUCACAAACUUCGAUAUCCAAUACAUAUUUGUUUUAUUAUAGCUGUCGCGCUUGACUCUUUGUAUUUUAUCUAUCUAAUCCUGCUUUUUUUGUUUCUUCUUCUUUAUUCUCUCCUUUUUCUAAUAUCUGAUCGAGGAACAAUUGCGUUAUAUUAAGAGAUGCGAGAUAUGAGAAUAUGCAAGUUUUUAAUAAAAUACAUGAGCGUCACGGAUUUUUCAUUAUUAUAAAGAACUUCGCGUUCGUUUUCAAAAUAUAGAUAUUGUAUUAAAGGAUGAAUGUGGUUAAAGAAUAUAUUACAAAAUAAUUGCGGAAUAAUCGAUAGUUAACAAGUCCAAUCAAGUCUAGUCAGUAGAACAAAUGAGACGAUCGAUUCAUAAAAAUGAAUCGGAGCUACACAUUUUAAUUCGAAGAUUUCAGUCUCAUUAACUCGCCAGAUUCUUGAGACGUAAUCAAUUUCUUAGUGGUUGCAUUUAAAAUAUUUUUGCUAAGUAUUUCGCAAACUCGGUCAAAUCCAGAUAGAAAUUCUACAAUACGAAUACACGAUAGGUUUACCGAGGAAUAUUAUGUAUAAAGAAUCUCUUUACUUCAACAUCGGUUUUGAAAAGAAAAUCUAUUCCUUUAUUAUGCAUUGUAAAUUUUCGCUUUGCUUUGCCAUAAAAUAAAACAGCACAUUUUUGAAGAAUGACACAGGUCGACAUUGCACGCAUGCAACAUGGAUAAGAUAUAUCAUUUUACAUAUAUUUUUAGUUACUGAGUUUGAAUCCGAAUAAACUUCAUGUGCUAGAAACUUCUAGUAGGGAUUUAAUAAUUAAAGCUCGAAUCUUUGAGAUCAUAAUAAAAAUAAUGUUAUAUCUUAAAUAAAUCUUUAAAUAAGUCAAGUUUCUACUUCAAUGUAAAACAAGAAAAGUAUUGGAUGAAAGAUAUAAUCUCAAGUCUUGUUUAGAUGUACAAUUUCAAAAUUUGGUGGGCAGUGUACAAGAAUAAUAAAGAAUGAUAAGCACGCACGCGACGAAAAUCUAUCACUCAAAAUAGAUCGAUGUAACAUUUUCAUUGUGAUUAUCUUAAAACACAAGGUUCAAACUUUAAUUAAAUUCUUACUAGAAAUCUCUGGCACGUAUAAAUGUUCAUUUGCGAUAUUGUUUUAAAAAAAGCUUGUUGGGAAAAACCUUUAGCCUUAAUUUUUAAAAAAAUCUGAUGUGAUAUAAAAAUUUUGCUUUCGGACAUUAUCUUAUGCAUAUUGUAUGUUUAAUGUCAACUUGUGUAAUUUAUCUGGAAGAGAGAUGCAAGCUUUGUAAUAAUCUAUAAAAUAAUCUACAAUUAUACCUGUGUGCAAAGUAUCGUUGAACAAUAUCUUUACAAUUUAUCUUGCCGUUUCUUACGCCAAAGUGAUGAAGAUUCAUCAACAAAUGUGAUUCAUGCACCAAUCAAACGCAGUUUCGCUAAUCAUUCGGAAUGUUAUUCAAGUGUAAAAGAAAAUUUCUUGCUCCCGUAAAAAUAAUAAUCCGUAUUAAAAUAUACAUGAAAGAAUUUUACGAGUACAUUUUAGACAUGUAGAAUGUGCAGUUGGCUUUUUAAAUUGUAGUUUUAAUAAAAAGCCUUGACGAGAAGUUUUUUCUUUGCAAUUGUAUGUUAUGUAUACGCCAAAAUCUAAUCUCUAUGAAUCAAAAUACUGUUAAUUAUCCGUAAUUAUUUAUUUUUAAUUUCUUAAAUUUUAAAUUAAAAAAGUCAAAUUCUAGUAUAUACCGUGUAAAAAUUAUAUUAACAUUAUAAUUUUUUUAUUAAGUAAAAAUCUUAACAUGUUACUAUGUAUAAAAUAUUUGUUAUAUUUAUAUUGUUGAAUGGUUAGUUAUAAUAUUGUAAUUUUUAUUAUUAAUUGGUAUUUACCGGAGAUUUAUUUUUACGCGUGGACAGGAGUUUUCUUAACAUAUCGUAUCAAUAUUAUUGACAUUUCACUUAAUCUUGUCAACUCGAGGAUAAAUGCCAAACUUCUUAGAAACAUUGCAAUAUAAUGUUGCAUGAUGUGCUUACAGAAAAAGAAAAAAAGAGAUAAAAACUGCCAGUACAUUUUUAUCGAGUCUGAUGUGAUUUCUUCAAAUCAGACUUUCGUCCGACGUGUGACAUAGAUACAGUGAUAGAUUCCAGUGUGUAAAUAUCUGAAAAUGAUAAAAAGGAAACAGAAUGUCAUGCUAAAUAAAAAAAUAUAAAAAAACAUGUAUCAAACAAAUUGUAUUCGCGUAGCAAUAUACUUAUAUAGGUUGCAAUCUCAUCGGCAGAAAAGGUAUUGAGCAAUAAUCGUCAUUAAUACGCUAGUCUUUACGAGUCUUGGUUGUUUCUUUAUAUUUUUGAAUAAGUAAAAUUAUUGUUUAAGAAAUCCGCUCUCGUAAUACCAUUGAUCUUGACAUAUGUUAUAAAGAUUAUCCUUCUGAAUAAUAAUCAAAAGUUUUACCUACUGAAUAUUUAUUAAAAUAAUUAUUAAUAAAAGGAGUUUUAGAUAUAUAUGUAGAUAACAAUUUUUCGAUACUGUACAUUUAAAAGGUAAAUGUAAUACGUAUUAGAUGUAUACAUCUCACCAUAUAUUGGAACUCACCAUACUUACUUUCCAAUUUUUACUUUUUUAGUCAGAUACAUUGAAUAAAAUAUAUUAACUCUAGAACAGUAAACUUUUUUUCACUUCACAUAUCACACUGAGUUAUGAAUGUACUCCAUUCUUUCCCAAGCGUUUUGCAUUGAAUAGGUGGACUGAAAUAUUGUGCUACAUAUAUGCAUCUCUUUGUUUUUUCAUGACGAAGACGGUGAUACAAUCUACAAUAAUAUUAAGUAAUAUUAAAUACGUUAAAAUUAAUUUAAACAAAAUAAAGUUUGAAACAAAUUUAAAAAACCGAACAGUUUUGGAAAGGUAAAAGAUAAAUCUAGAACCAGGAUAAAAUUAAUUUUGUUUAAAAAGUAUCAUUUUGACAAAAAGAAUUGAAAAGAACGAUAGCUUAAAAAAAGAAAAAAAUGAAUAAAGACACAAUCAAUAUUUUUAUUUUGCUAUAAAAUUAGAAAAAGGUUUAUUAUUUAAAUAUUGAAUACAUUAUUAGAAUUAAAAAAAUUAUUAAAAUAUUUUCAUGACUCCACACACAAGCGGCACUUUUGACACGCGUUCUGUGGUCUUCACAUAGGAAGCAGCCCGCAAACGCAACCGUACUUUUCUUUCUAUAGCGAGCGCCCGUCCGAAUAAAAUGUAAACACGAAACAAUAGUGUUUUAUAUAGCAAUAUUCGUACGAAAUGUAUAUAUAAAUGUCAGACUGGGGUAUAAACGUAUCCCAUUUCAACUUUUUGUCUGUACUGCUCGGAAGCUAAUGACGCCGGCUAGUGUCCCUAUCCAUUGCUAAGACUUUAAAUUAAAUUAUGCUCGAUGCAAAGUAGGAAAUAAAUUUAAAAUUUUGGUUUUACAUUACAUAUACGUUUACAAUUUCUUAUAUCAAUCUUCCGUCCAUUUACUCAAAUGUGUUAACAAAUAGUAUAAAUAUGCUCAGCGAAUUACAAGUUUAAUUGCUAACAAACAUAUAAAACCAUUUUACACACACACACACACACACGCGCGCGCGCGCGCGCGAUUUUUUAUGUAGUUAAAUCAAAGUUGCUUUGUUCUUCCUCUAUUGUAACAAAAUUAACGAACAGUACGUGGUAUUAUUAUGAAUAGAUGGACGUGGUAAAGUCUUAUUCUAAUUAAAAAUCAGAAAUUUCUAAUUAAAAAACCAGACAAAAUAGAAUAAAAGAAGCAACAUUAUAAAAUUUCUUGACUGUGUUAUAAUGAAAUAAAAUAAAAACUUUUAAGCUCCCAAAAUUGGAUUUAAAAAAAAAUAAAUAAAAUGUUUUAAUGGUGCAAAUUUACAGUUUAAUUACAUGUAAAAAUUAUAAUUUAGAUAUUCUUAAUAUUCCUUAGAAUUAUAUGUUUGUGUUUGCUGGAAUAUUAUCUAAAAAUUACUACAUUAAUAUAUUUUAAAUUAAUUCUGAUUAAGAAUAUUAUAAAGAUUACAUUUGAAUGUCUUUAUGACUUCGGAUUAGAAUGUCCAUUGGAUGUAUAUAGUACAAAAUUAAGAGUUAAUUUAUUAAUCUACAUGAUUAUUAUUCAGAAUUAUAUGUCAAGAUCAUUUAAGACAGAUUCCUUAAAAUGAGAGUUUUACUUUAAAUAUUUAUCAGUCGCAUGCAAAUCUACAAUAUACACGCAUAUAAGAAUUGCUCCUAUUAUGAUAAAACCGUUAUUAUAUAACGUUGUUUGUGAUCAAAAGAAUUGAAAGCUAUCAGGGAUAAUGAAAGACCCUAAGUACUGAAGCGUGCCUGAAAAAAGCGUGCAGAGAAAAAUAUUGAGAUAACCGCCUACAUCGGCAACACUAUGUACAUACACAAAGAUAAAAUAGUAUGACGAUAAACAAAUAAAACCUGAUUUACUCAAUUAAUUAAAUUUAACUUAUUUAACGUAACUUAUAUAAAUAUGAUUUUAAUAUGCCAUCAGGCUUUUGUGAAACAAACCUCUCUAUCGCACUUUACAACUACUAAAAUCCGUCUUGAUAUUAAAAAUUGAGAAGAAUGUUUUAAUUUGCGAUUAUUGCUUCAUAUUUCGCGCUAUCACGGCUAUUACUUCAUGUGACUUAUAGUAUUAUAAAAUUAUAUUGUAAAUGAAAUAAGUUCAAUUAAAAUCAAAGUGGACAG